CCGCAACACUAUUUGUUGCAUGAAAACGCAAACGCUGUGGCAAUUUCACUUUCAUUCGUCGAACGCGCGCGUACCACGGCAGACGUGUUCACCUUCAACGCAUGACUCGAAACCAGCAACACGAACGCAACGAUCCGUCGCGACGCAGGAGCAACUGAUCAUACGCAAGUACGAAGGAUAUUGCAAAAACAGAGUGUGACACAAAUAAUUAUUGUGCGCAACAAGCUUAAAUCGAUUUAGUAGAAAAAAAGUGUGUGUUGUUAUUGAACAAAUAUAUAAACAGUUAAGAAAAUAACAACAAAAUCAUAAUUUAUUUUCUAGAAUUCGCAACUGCAACAGUUGCAAGCAGCGCUUGUUUGUACACAUCGUUCAGUAUUUGCGGUGUUUGUUUCAUAUUUUAAUUUGCCACAUUGUGUUGCAGUUGCGCAGUGGUGUGCGGUUUUUUUCGCGUGGAAAGCAAUUUCUUUCGUGGUCUUCAAACGUUGUCUUCACGACCAUCAAAGUUGAUAGGAAAAUAAACAAAUUUGAUUUUGUUCGUGUGGUUAAUUUGUGAAACUAAGUGAAUCGAAUUUUUCGCUUCUCGCCUCAUUUCUUUUUACUUUUAUAACUCGUCGUGUAUAUGUGAAGUGUGCGAUUGUUUUGAGUUGCAGUGACAUUAACUUCUUCGAGUGGCCUUGCAUGUCACUAGCCAUCACUUUUUCCUGAUUUGUCAGCGUUUUUGUGCGCAAUUUAAAGUUUAUCUGACUUAAAAGUUGAAAAAGCUGCCAAUUUUUAUUAACUCUCACCUCUCUCUACAUUCAACUUGACAGCGUUGAGAUGUUAACAAAACUGUCGUUACCAGCUGUCAUCUGUUUAUUUUUAUUAACCGCAACAAUAGCAGCGGAAACAACAACAAAGGCAAUCACAACCGCAAGAGUGAAUGGUGUCGCCAACAGUACAACAACAUGGGACAAAGCAACAACCACAGCGGAAAUAUCAACAAAUGUCAAUGGAAGUAAAAGUGUGAGUAGAAGUCGAAAUCAAAAAGAUGUCGACACUACUCCGCUAACUGCUCAGAAAUUUGGCAACAAAAUUAAAGCCGUAUCAGAGGGUGUGCGACGCGGCGAAACCACAACAUCACUACUACCGCUACAACCACCUUUAAAUGUGACAAGCACCACAACAAGUAAUUUCCUCACAUCAACGACCGGUAGGAGAUCCGCCAGGCGUCAGCAGGGAAGCGCUGCGUCACCUCAGUCCCAGACGCAACCGCCGGCACAACUGCUUUUGUCUCCACCCACGAAGUCAAAAACAUCUUCAGCUUCAGCUACAAAUGCGACUGUGCGUUCUCCAUUGGCUCGCGCGUUAAGGCAGUCAAAUGUCAAUGUGAAGAAUGUCGCCAAUCUUGUCAGAAAUGACAGCAACACAUUGCAACAUGACAGUGAGAAAAAGGAUCUCCAAAAGGCAAUCGAAUUGAUACCGGCACCAGUUGUUGAGCUCUACAGCGAAAAUAAGACGAAAAGCUCCGACACAAAUAGUGAUAAAACUAUGCGUCUAAAAUCAAAGUCAAGCGCGUACAUAAAUUUCGACAUAAACGAAGAGGAUGGUAACAUACAAGCAACGGCGACACCAACUCGAGCCACACGCGUGGAGACCGUGAACGAAGUGCUUUCUAACCUCUUUCCGAAUGGUUUUACUGAUAUUUUUCGCUUCAGUUAUGCCUCAGAACAACCGACGCCAGCGAAUAUUGCAACUCAAGGCACAGACGAAAUGUCACCGUCAGCAUCGGCUGCAACACCUGAGACAACACCUGAGGCCAAGCUUACAACAGCGCCUAGCAGUACAACAACAAGUACAACGACAACAACCGAAAAAACACAGCAAUCACACACAAAAGCUUUCUAUCGCUACGAAACAAGUGUUUCAAAGGAAUAUCGACGCGAACUACGUCCUGGACAUACGGAGAUUGUGGUAGAGAAGCUGCAGCUGUUGCCGCGCAGCGCCAACGCUGACAGUAUCGAGUUCAGUGAUGGCAGUAAUCUGAUUACCAAAGACGAUUUGUUACGCAUCAAUCGGGCGGCAGCAGAUUCGCCGGUCUUACCGAGUUUGUUAAUGAAUCCGAGUCAAGAGAAUGCUAACGGUACAGUAGAAAGGCAGUCAAAAAAGCAGUCGCCUAUCAUUAUAUUGAACGACGAUGAUAGCGCUGAUAUGGAAGGCAUAAGUGCUGAAGACAAUCUUAUUGCAGAGUCCCAAAAUGUAGGUCAACGUGUGUAUCAGCGUUUGCCAGUUGAUGACAAGCAAUAUGGUUACAAAGUGGACGUGCAAAGACUGCUCUUACGGCCCGAGUCGGAAGGAAACGUAAGAAUUAUACACGGCGAAUCGCCUAAUCUGUCAGACUCAAUAAGUCAACAACCGAUUUUUGUACCCGAACAGGAUCAACAAGCCGACGACGGCAAGGCUGAAUUAUUUGGUGAAGCUUCAAGACAUGGGGCGCCCAGCCAACAACUCGACAACUUUCAGGAGCAUGCAGAACAAACUUUUCAGCAACUAAGUCCAACGCAAGAGGCGCCAUCGCGUCAGUUUUUGCGGAAUUUUAAUCCAGUGUUGUCCACGGGGGUAGCAACCUCAACGCCGAAAGGCUCCUUUCACUAUGAAUCCAAUGCACUACAACCCAUUAUAUUUAUACAAGAUGGAAGUCAAGCAAAUAAUCCUAGUGUGGAACCCAGUGUGGUUGCUGGAAAAGUUGAAGACGCGGGACAACCUCAGAAGCAAUCGGCUACAGAGCUACCACGCCUGCGAUUGCUGCAAUACGACAAGGAUGCCGCGCAAAUACGUUACCUUAAAGAACAACAAUUUUUACAACAGCAGCAGCAGUUACUACAACAACAGCAGCAAGUAUUGCUUCAGCAACAACAACAAGAGCAACAACACGAACGGUUAAUAAGCCAACAGCAGCAAUUGCAGUGGCAAGAGAAGCAGCAACAACAACAAAAACAGAUACAAGAUCAGCAACAACAAUUGGCAGAUGAUAAGCGGCAACAAAAGCUUUUCCAACCAACCUCACAACAUGAACAACAACAGCAGCUGCAACAGUUCCACAAAGAGCUGCAACAACACCAACAACGACAACAACCAGUGCAUCAACACUAUGCGAUUUAUCAGCAACAUCCACCUCCGCAUGAAUAUAAACAGGGGAAGCAGCAACAGCAACAGAUCGCAUUUGACAAACAACAUGAGCAACAACAAGCCGUUGAGUCGGCACGAAGACAGCAGCAAGAACAAGAGCAACUAAAAAUACAACAGCAGCAGCAACAAGCACAACACGAUGCUCAAAGGCAAAAUAUUCAACAACACCAAUCCACGCCACAGCAGCCUUACACACAGACCCAAUCUCAACAGCAACAACAAUAUUCCAGUCAGCCCUCGGUGCCUAGUCCGUCUUCUAAGGUAGAGACUCAAAUAUCUGCUGAUUCAGUAGCGGCUCCCGCCUCUUUGAAUCAUCAGGCUUAUCAGUAUCCUUUAGUUACUCCCUUGUCACAUAGGGCUCCAGCCACACCCACGCCUCACAGUGUAGUUUUUGUUACACUACACGCGGCCACCCCGCAAACACAGUUCGCUAAAGCCCAAACCUCGCAACCUACCUACACUCAGAAAUCACCACAUGAAUACGUCUCGGCAGCUGUGAGUGGAGCUGCAACUUCUCCGACUUCACCACAUGUGUCACCUACACCACCAGCAGUAGUACGACGUCCACAUGGUGGCUACACAUUUGUCGAAGUACAAAAAUCAGUAAAUAUCCACAACAAACUGAUCACCGAAAAAGAUGGCAAGUUAGUCGAGGAGCACGAAACCAUUUAUCCAUUGCCGCAGUAUACGCCCAAACCUGUAGCUAUUAGCCCGCUACAAUCGCAGCAAGGCACGGCGCAGCCUCAGAAACCCAGUGCAACGGAAGCACCCGCAAAUCGAGCUGAGGUCCCACACACUCACUAUCCUAUACAAUAUGCCCAACAACUAUCGCUGAUUGAGGAGGGUGUCCAUCCUAAUGACUACUACUUUGUGCCCAAGGAAUAUGCAUCGCUCUCGACUAAUCCAAUGAAUGUUCAGCACAUUGAUGAACCCGAACAGCAGGAGGAAGCGUCGUCUUACGCUCAUCUCCAGCAAGUUUUGCCACUGCCAAACCAUCACCAAUCAAACGGACAUUCUCAUGCCAACUAUGAAAGCGAAGAACACCCACAAGAACACGUGCAAUAUGUACAGCUGAAAUAUGCUCCAUCCGCCGAGAUACAUUCAGAUCCAUAUCCGGCACAACAACAAACGCAACACACUGCUAGCGAAGAAAAUACUCACGAAGCACUCCCGCAGGCGCCGCCACAGCCACAUACAGAAGAGCACCAGCCAGCUGUGGAAAAGGAGGUUGUCGAGCAAGUAGUCACACAGCAGGUUGAGAAAAUAGUUGAACGUCCUGUACAUAUACCCUACCCUGUGCAUGUACCGCAAUACAUUGAUCGUCCAUAUCCCGUACAAGAGAUAGUCGAAACGCAUAUACCCGUCCCAUAUCCGGUGCCUGAACCAGUCGCAGUACCUGUACAUGUGGAACGCUAUAUCGAUCGUCCUUAUCCAGUCGAAAAGAUCGUUGAGAAGCGUGUACCUUAUCCUGUUGAGAAAGUGGUCGAAAGAAUUGUAGAGAAAGAAAUUCCAAUAGAAGUUGAGAAGGUUGUUGAGAAACUAGUACAUCGUCCAGUGCCUAUACCCAUACGCGUGCCUGUCGCUGUACCUGUACCGUAUGCGCAUCAGCCACUACCUGAAUAUAAUGAAAACGCUGAGAUUUUCGGCCCUCCUUACCAUCCACAUCCGAAUGCGCUCGGCGGUUGGUCCGAUCAGACUGGAACCAGCGAUUACGGCGGUCGUGGUUCCACGAAUUUGCAAAUACCGUCGAAAGUUUUGCAAAACUACUAUACACGCAUGUUGAAGAAACUGCUGCCACAAGCACUAGCGCAGCGUGGUACACCGUCAUCUGAAUCAUCGACCUCUAACACUAUUUACACACAUACACAAGCGCGUCCUAAAAAACCAACAACGAGCGCAGCGAAUUCCCUAAAGACUACAAAACAACCGCAAUCUGUCUCACCAAGCAGUUCAUCAAACAAGCAGCACUCUUUCAAGAUCGGCGAUAUACGCUUCGAUUUGAAGCCACCACCGCCACCACCAACUGGCCCUGAAUGGUCGAAGGGUUCACGUUACAUUUAUAACACCCUGCCGCAUGAUCUUUCCGUGGCGGAUUCGUCUGACACCGAACAGUUGACGGACACAUAUAACGGUCCCUUUACGUCACACAACGAGCCCUACGAUGAGUUUCAACGCUGGCGUAACGGUCACACUUUGAAGCGCAGUCCACAAUUUGGUAGAAAUUUACAAAUGGAAUAUGGUUUCAAGCCACCACUGGUACCCUCCGUGGAGAUCAAUGACCAAGGAAUACCUUUGAAUGCCGAAGAAAAUAAGACGGAGCAGUAAUUGAAAGUCGACAUACGAGAAAGCUGUUUUGCGGAGCAUAUAUACUUAUUUAUUUAUAUAAGCUGUUCAUUAACAUAAAUAUUUAAGUUUUAUUUAAUUACUUAGCUCGAUUAACUUAUCUACAUUAUUUAAAUUCUGUGCCAAAAUAUCAAGUAAAUAAGAGUUUCCUGAAGUAUCGCUGGAAACACUGUAUCAAAAAUGGUAACCAAGUUGAAGAAGGUGAAUAUUCGCAAGCCAGCGGGAUGUGGAUGUUGACACUAUCCGAAAUAUGUCUGUAAAUUGUAUUAAUAACCUUAUUCUUUGUAAGUAUUUAUAGAGAAACUGUGAAGUUUAUUAUUUUAAUAAAACUUUUCGGAACUUUUAGAUUUUA